AUGAGCGUUAAGCAAGGAUUCAUUAGAGCUAGAAAGCUCGUGGUAGCAGUUUUGUCAAUCAUCAUGAUGAUUUUCGGAAGCACCUCUCUAGUUGCAUCGCAGGCUGUAUUUCAACUCUGCUACCCAAAAGGUUCUCCGCAGCUACAGCAGAAAUACAACUAUACUAAGAAGGCUUUCAUCUCUUUGUUGAUCUCUAUUCUCAAUUUUGUAUCCCCAUCUGCAAUUCGGAUCUCAACCGAUAAUGCAACCAUAGCCAAGGGCACCUUUUACAAAUCCAAUGGUAAACUUAUGUCCCAUUUGAAACAUCGUUCAAUAAUUAUUGCCAAUCACCAGAUUUACACUGAUUGGGUAUUCCUGUGGUGGCUGCUUUCGACAAGCAAUUUGGCUAGUAAUAUAUUUAUCAUACUGAAGAAAUCGUUGGAGUCAAUCCCCAUUUUAGGCUAUGGUAUGCGUAAUUUUAGAUUUAUAUUCAUAAGCAGAAGGUGGGUUCAAGAUAAGAUUACGUUACAGAACAGCCUGGGUACGAUCGAUGCGAAUUCCAGAGGGGUGGGUCCAUUAUCUGGUAAUCAACCGCUAAGAGUUGAAGAGGACGGCGAAAUGUUUUGGAACACUAAUAAGGUUGACGAAUCGAAAUCCUGGCCUUAUAGUUUAUUGUUGUUCCCAGAAGGUACUAAUUUGAGUCCUACGACCAGGCGAAGAAGUGCCAGCUUUGCUGAAAAGGUUGGUCAGCAAGCAUUUAGGCAUGUUCUGUUGCCUCACGCUACUGGUCUUAGAACGUCUCUUAAAUUACUGGGCCCAAGCGUGGAAGUAGUCUAUGAUAUUACUAUUGGUUAUUCGGGAGUCGGAAGAGAUACCUAUGGUGAGAUGAUCUAUAGGUUACCAAACAUUUUCCUGAGAGGUGAGACCCCAAAGCUUGUGGAUAUGCAUAUUAGAGCCUUUAACGUGGCAGAGAUCCCUGUGGAUGAUGAAGAAGAGUUCAAUCAAUGGCUCUACAAAGUGUGGAAGGAAAAAGAUGACCUAAUGGAAACUUAUUACACAAAAGGAUCCUUUGACCUUGACCCUGAGCUGGACCAAACGGUUGUCGGUAAAUUUAACGUGGAUCUCAAACCUUGCAUAGUAACCUCUAUCGUACCCACCGCAUUUGUUCUAUCGUUGCUUUUGGUUACAUACCUGAUGUAUCUGCUUUACAGCAAGUUGUAG